AUGUUGAAUUCAAAGCUUAUAUCUCUCGCUAGUAGACGAUUAUGCGAAAAUGUACUGAAACAAAACUUAAACCACCUUUAUCCCCCCGUUUUUCAGUGUUCUCCAAUUCUGAAUUAUCACCAAAAACCGAAUUCGAAACCAUCCAUAGAAAACAGUUUAGGAUACCAUGAGUCGUCAACUAGUAUUAAUAAACAGUUAGAUAAAAACAAUAAUACAACAGAUAAUGAAUUUUUGGUAAGAUUGAAAUCUGACCCAGACACAUUCGGAAAUCCUCCAGAAAAAGAUAUCCUUGAUGAGGGUGAUAUCGCCGAAGAAAAAUAUUUCACAGAACAACCAACACAUUCACAAAAACUCAGUACAAAACAGUAUGCUGAUAUAAUAAAGGACCUCAUAAAAAAACGUAAAAUAAAAGAGGCAAUAGAUUUGGUGGAAAUAAGAAUGUUGAAAGAAGAUAGAGUGAAACCUGAAAACUAUAUUUAUAACUUGCUGUUGGGAGCUUGUGGUAGAGUAGGAUAUACAAAAAAAGCUUUCAUGCUAUUCAAUGACAUGAAAAGGAGAGGGCUCAAAGUUACAGGUGGAACCUACACAGCCUUAUUCAAUGCUUGUGCAAACAGUCCUUGGCCAGCUGAUGGCUUGCAAAGAGCAAAACAUUUAAGGGAAAUGAUGCUCACAAAAGGUUAUGAACCCAAUGAUACAAAUUACAAUGCAAUGAUCAAAGCAUUUGGGCGCUGUGGAGAUCUUCCUACAGCAUUCUCACUUGUUGAUGAGAUGUCAUCCAAAAGCUUAGCCAUUGAUGAUGGUACCAUCAACUUCUUGCUGCAAGCUUGUAUAGGUGAUAAAGAGGCAGGAUUUAGGCAUGCUUUGCUUGUAUGGAGAAAACUUGUUGAUAUGCACAUCAAACCUAGUAUUUACACUUAUAACUUGGUAUUGAGGACUAUCAGGGAUUGUGGUUUAGGUGAUAAUGAGGUGACACAGGAUGUCAUUCAUAAAUUGGUUGGAAGGAGUUGUCCAAGCUUGCCUGAUGACCUGCAGAACAUGAAAUUGUUAGAAUCUGGUGAAACUGACCCUCCAAAUGAGGAAAUCAACAAUAUACAAAUUAGUGAUUCAGCUCCAACCAAUCCAGAUGCUUCUAUUGAUAUAAUGUCUAGACCAAAUUUGAUGGCACCUGUUCCCCAUUUGGGUAAUAUCGUUUCAUUGUCAGAAGUCACCAAACCUGUUGAUCGUUUGCUACUUGUUGGUGGAUGCAAUGGUUUUCUGGAGAAUAUGGAUCAGAAUGGAUGCAAGCCUGAUAUUAAGACUUUUACUCAACUUCUCGAUUGUAUUCCCAGUACACUGGCAGCAGAAAGUGAUCUCAUGAAUGCCAUGAAAAAGAUGAAAGUGAAACCUGAUGUGGAUUUUUAUAAUAUGCUAAUAAAGAAGAGGAGUAUGAGAUUUGAUUAUGAUAAUGCAAAGUUAGUUUUGAAUCUACUUACUGAGAAUGGAUAUAGACCAGAUCUUAUAACCUAUGGAGUAUUGGCGUUGGGUUGUAAGACAAAAGAAGAGUGCUUGGAGCUAGUAGAAGAAAUGAAAGAACAUAGUUAUGGGUUGAAUCCUGAAAUAUUAGGUGCCAUGCUGAAGCAAGCAUGCUUUCAUGGGAAUUUCAGUUAUGUUUUACACAUAAUGAAACUGUGUAUUUCAGAAAAUGUACAGCCCAACAAGAAGUUUAUGGAAAUUUUGACAGAUUUCAAGAGAAGAAGCAAAUAUAUGUCAAAUGAGAAGAAAUUCAGCAAAAGUCAGGAAAAGAGCUAUGGCAUUUUCAAAUAUCAAUACAAAUCUUGGAUUGAGAAAGUUGAAAUAGACGAUUCUACAGAUAUCCAUCCUUGGCAGCAGUUCAGACAGACUACCGAUGGAGAAUACAAGUACAAGCCAAAGGAUACUGCCAGGUUCAAAGCAAGACAUACGUCCGUGUUCAAAUUCAAACCAUUUUCCAGUCGAAGUCGGUCUAGAUAA